GGUACCGGUAGUUGUAGUAUAUCGCUCGUCCUACCCCGGUGCUCUGUGCUCCCCAAUGACAACAUCGCUCGCGUAAAGAAGGCACCCACUUGCGCGCGCGCGCACGCAUAUACAAACACGCCGCGCAUUGAGAGAGAGAGGGAGAGAGAGAGAGAGAGAGAGAGAGAGAGCUGCACCCAUUAUCCGGCCCCGUUUGUUUGUCCGCCACCAGCACGAGUUCUCUUCUCUCUUCGAUCCCCUCCAUCAUUCGCUCCAAUACUCCGCUCUUUUCCACCAUCAUCAAACGAGGCCACAAGGAGCAAAAACAUAUGCGCACUUUGGGAAUGUGCGAGUUAGUUUAGCUUUGAGCUGCUUUCUAUCCAUCCGGAGCAGUGGGUUGAGAGGAAGCUCUCUAGCUACUCCGUGUACAGCGGCCGUGGGCCCCUAGGCGGCCGUGGGUGAGGGCGAGCGAGCGAUGUCGUCGGCCGAGGACGAGUACUGCAGCGCGGACUCGCCGCGGGCGGACUCCGCCGACGAGCCGCAGGCCGCAGCGGACGCGGAGUCGCCCCGCGCCGGGGCCGAGCUGAACAAGCGCGAGCGCGACCUCCCUGCCUCGCCGUCGUCCCCGCUGCCGGCAGCUAAGCGCAGCAGCCGGAGAUCGGUGGAGAAGCGGGUGAUGUCGGUGCCGAUCGCCGAGUGCGGCGACCGGGCCAAGGGCGCCAGCGGAGAGGGCCCGCCGCCGGCGGACUCGUGGGCGUGGCGCAAGUAUGGGCAGAAGCCCAUCAAGGGGUCGCCCUACCCACGGGGGUACUACCGGUGCAGCAGCUCCAAGGGGUGCCCGGCGAGGAAGCAGGUGGAGCGCAGCCGCGCGGACCCCACCGUGCUGCUCGUCACCUACACCUUCGAGCACAACCACGCGUCGCCGCAGCCCAAGAGCAGCAGCUGCCACCAGAGCAAGCUUAGCCCCCGACGAGCGCCGCCGAAGCCAGAACUGUCGGCCGCGCUUGCUAACGAGCAUGAGACGGGAGAGCCCCCAGAAGUGCCGGAGCCGGAGCCGGGGCUGGAGCAGAAGGUUGUUUUAAGUCUGGUGGAGCCGGCAGCGAUCACAACAGUGGCGCCGGCGGCCGAAGAGGAGGACGAAAGCUUCGACUUCGGGUGGCUCGACCAGUACCCGACGUGGCACCGGUCGGCGCUGUACGCGCCGCUGCUGGCGCCGGAGGAGUGGGAGCACGAGCUGCAGGGGGAGGACGCGCUGUUCGCCGGGCUCGGAGAGCUGCCCGAGUGCGCCGUCGUGUUCGGCAGCCGGCGCGAGCUCGGCCUGGCGGCCACCGCGCCGUGCUCCUGAUAUCGUCUUUUCAUUUUUUUUUCCCCUUUACCUUGCAUUUUCUUUUUGGUUUUAGUUUUACUCGGAGUAAUUUGGAGGUAGUACAUAGCUCAGAUCGAUGCACGGGGUUUAUGUGUUCAAGGCCGGCUGCUGCCUUUCUCUUCCGUGUUGAUUGGGUGCGCGCGUGCGUGCGUUGGCCGUCCAAGGUUGUCCCGUUUCAGAAGUGGUUUGAGAUGUGAUUUCAACGAAAAAGCAGCGAAAGGUUUGGCAUU